AUGGAGGAAUCUUCAGGAGGACAAUAUCAUAUGGAUAUGAAUUCUCAUGUGAGGAAAGUUAUUGGUUCUCGAACGUUCUUAGUGAAAAACAACUUGGACGCAGAAGAAGCAUGCCAAAGGAUCUCAUUAUCCCACAAUCAGGUACAAACAUUCCAAUUCAGCUCUCCAAACUGCCCUCUUCUCUCGACGUUAUUGCUUAAUGAUAAUGAUCGCUUGCAAGAAAUCCCAGACAGUUUUUUCAAGAACAUGACCAGACUCCGAGUCCUUGACCUUUCUUCUACAAGCAUCACUUCCCUGCCAUCCUCCAUAUCCUGCCUUUGUGAAUUACAGUUGUUGAAGCUCCAAAGCUGCCACAAGCUAGAGGGUCUUCCUACGUUCUUAAAGUAUAUGCGGAAGCUUGAGAUCCUUGAUCUCCAUCAAACUGCCCUGACAAAGAUGCUGGAGGCAUCCUUCUAUAACAUGCAAAGCCUCCGACGCCUCGACAUCUCAGGUGCCUGCAACCUUCGUCGACUCUCGCUCCAGGGUUGCCGCUCUCUAAUGACACUGGCCAACCUAGAUAAACUUUCAAAACUUGAGGCACUUGAUCUUUCAGGCACGAAAUUGGAAGUUCUUCCGCACCAAAUUUUCAGUCUGACUAGCAUGCAGUGCCUAGACCUGUUGGCAAUGGAGCAUCUCAAGACGGGAGGGCGCAAGGAUAGAUAUGGUCGUUUUAAAAGAAACCAAUUUCUCUACCAGCAUAUUUAUACUCAAUCUGAACAGUCUUUGAGUUAUGAAAGAGGACUGGAGGUUUGCGGUGGUAAUAAUUCCCUAGAUGGUGUUAGAGGGGUUCUCUCUAUGGCAAAAUUCUUUCAUUUGUAUGGCAACGCGUCCAUUAUGGCACUGUCCAAUCUUGGCAUGGAGAUGGACAACCUUAAAGAAUGCUGGAUUGAGAAAUGCCAUCAAUUGGAGCUUCUGUUCGUUGGAAGAAUGGCAGACAUUGAUGCAGCAGUUUGCUUAGAAAAUCUAAGGGUGUCCGAUCUUGCCAAAUUAAUAACAGUGCGCCGGGGGAAGUUGGGAAGAGGGGGCUUCGCAUGCCUAAAGCAUAUAUAUUUGGAAUGUUGUCCGAAGCUAAUCAAUUUCUUCUCUUCGAGCAUUCGGUUACAGAAUCUUGAAUUAGUUGAAAUAAAAUUCUGUUGUAGACUGGAGAAGGUCUUUGAAGAAGACAGUGAGGUGGGACAAAAUGCAUUUCCAUAG